AGAAGUCAGUGUGUGGUAAGCCGGCCGGCCGCGCCGGCUCCUUUUCUGUCUUUGCUCCGUCGCACCUUCGAAAAAUCGUGUCUCGUCUUCGCGUUCGAUGCUACCACCGCAUAUCGAUCGUGGAACUGGUCGAUCGCUGGACAGAAUCGCCUCUGUAUCGGAUAAACCGAUUAAAAAUCACAGAAAUUAAGAUCUCGCCCGAAAUCGUCGAGCAUCCGAGGUGUCCUACGAUAAAGUUUCCGACGUCCAUGACUUUCUCGAGAGAAGUGCUUCUUGCUGCCACGACGGAAAUAAUUGCUGGGUGAUCAAAGGGAGCCCAGACGCGUACCUUCGCGUCGUAUGGCAUCGAUAGCGACGAAUGUGGGCAGAAAAUUCUCGCUAACCGGGAGGAAUCGACGUUCUUGCGCGAGAGGCAGAAACGUCUCCGAGCGGGAAGGAAGGGAACCGAUAUUGUGUUUUAUUUCUGUUUGUAAUCGACGAGAGUCCAUUCGACGAAAAACAGAUUGACGUAACAGUCGGAUUAUCGAGUUCCAAGUGAAACGACACGGUGAUACUCAGGAGAGCUUAAGGAGAUACUCGUAGCGACGACGCGUUUUAGAUGGAAAUUGGAGACACUGAGAGUGGAUCAAUUUUUGGAGCUCGGUGUGUGUUGCAAUCUUUUUAUACUCCUUUUUAUACUCGGUGAGUUCGUCAGAUUCGCGAUUAGGAACGAUAAUAAUAAAUAUAUAUAACUGAGAAAGCGAUGGAGCUCGAAGAGAAGUAAAAGAGGAAAGAUGAAUUCUUCCAACGACACAAGAGUGAUAUUGUCGGCUGCGUACUGAGUGCUCGUUAGUUGUCGGCCGAAUAUCGAUCUGGUCGAUUCGAAGAAAGAAUUGUUUCUUCGGGACGCGUACAAGAAGGCAAUCGAGGAAUCAAGGAGGGCACUCGCAAGGCGAAUCUCAGCUCAUUGAAAAUGUGAGAACGAAGAUGCGUGCAUAUCGAAUGGUGUAGGAGGAACUUUUUUCAAGGGUAGUUCGGUUCUGGUCCCGUUUCGUUCAGGAAGAAAACAUGAUUAUGACGCACACGGAAGAAGCGACGUCGACUUACGAGUCGAAAACACAGACGAAGCAGAUGAACGGACACUCGAUGGCGAACAGCGAAAGUCGCGACCCGGAAGAACAGGGUAGCAGCACGACCUCGCCCACGGAGGGCAGGCACGCCGACGGGACAUCCGGCUCGUCCGUCCUUGAGAUGGGCAGCACAGACUCGGCGGGCAGCGCCCACGGCGGCGGCCCUUCCUGUGGCCUGGUCAGUUCGCUCUUCCCUAGCAGCUGUCGCGGACGAGCGGAAGCGUUCGCCAGACGUCUUCAUCGACGGCUGACGUCUCUAGGUGGCGAAGAAGGAUCACAGCGCAACCUGGACUCCUCGAAACCUAAAGAAACCUCCUGGCUGCGUUCUUCCUCCGCGGCCAAGCCAGCGAUGAACAAAGCCUCCAACAACCACGUUCUUCAGCAUCAGCCUCGUCACAGUUCUGAAACAGAUCUAUGCUACGAUUUCGAGCUGGAUCUCGACGAUGGUCUGAGGUCACCUGCCGAGGAAGCCACGGCAGCCGAGGUGGCGGAUCUUCUGGUAAACCACGAAGUGCCCAAGGCCAACCAUUGCGAUGCCUGCAAUUGCACGCCCAAUGGCUCUAAAGACCUAGAAUCUGGCUGCCUCUUCGCGUCCCCCAUGACGGGAACGUCCCCAGACAGCGACUCCUCAGACAUCUACUUCGACCCAGAGUCCUCAGAUCCAGAGAAAACGAAAAACGAGGUUUACUUCGACCCUAUAACCACCUCCGACAGCGAGGUGACCUCGACCCUCUCCAAUGGUUGCGAGACGACCAAGACCAAAAGCCUGGUGUAUCGUAGGAGGCCAGAAAUCACCGUGGCAUAUUCAGAGGACACCUCAGAGUCCAGCUCCUCGCUGAGAAGGAACAACAUCGGGGACAAGGAGCUAAGGAAAGAAGAGCUGGUGUGCAACUCGGAGGACUCGAACGAGAGGAGCUCGUUGGAGACCACCUCGGCGAGUCACGAGUCUCUUUGGAGCACCUUCGACGAGAGCACCAUGUCCUUCCAGGACGAGAGCCCCUCUAGACUCAGUCCUAAUACGAGUAUUCUUCAGAAUCGGCUGCCUAAGUCGCAUUCGGACUCGGAGAUACCCGCUCACGGGGCUAGGAUCACCCGCGAGCUGAGCAGGAGGGAUGAAAGCACACAGAAGGAUGACAUUGACGAAGUGGACUUUGUGAAUGGGAUCAUGGAGAACGGAAAGCUGGAGAACAUCAAGAACGCCAGGAACCUCGCGAAAGAAGACUCCUCGGAUACUUCGGAGAACACGAACGAAGAUGACCUUCCACGCGAUGAAGAAUCUAGCGAUCCUGCCACGCAACUGUCGAAGAACAUGUCUACUUUGAAAUUAGAGGACACAGCCAGCAACGAGUCGGGCGACCACUCGACGUACAGCAGUAUGAUCAACAUCCCUGAAGCUCUAACGGUGGAGUGUUCCACGGGGGAGAGGGUGACGGAGACGACGCUGAAGAACGAGGUCCAGCUGCAGAUCAAGAACGGAACCGUGACGAACAGCUGCGACGAAGACAAAAUGGUUCUUCUCUUAGAGAAAAUCGCCACCAGCCCCGCCGUCAGGGAGGACGUUCCUAUAGCAAGCCAAGAAUCUUGCGAUGACGAUAUCAUCGAGGAAGAGGAGGAAGAACGACCGCAGAAGAUCAGACGUUGCUCCUCCCUGAAGACUGGAAAGACCCCUCCAAGCACGCCUGGGAGAAAGAAGAUCGUUCGAUUCGCAGAUGUCCUUGGCUUGGACCUUGCAGACGUGCGGACGUUCUUGGAUGAGAUCCCGAAGAUCCCCAACUCGGCUUACAGCGACCUGAUCUACGACGAUAGCUUCCAGAAGGACACCAGCCCUGUGAACAGCCUACCGAACACCUGGAACAACCUGGACAGCAGACGUUCGUCGUCAGCCUUUUCCCCUCGCAAGCUGGACAGAACUCUGGUACCUCUGUUCCAGCAACCAGGCGGCCAGGCGAACUUCCUGGACCUGGUGCGCGAGCGUCGCGUAUGCCUGGAGAACGCCCUCGUCCAGGACCCCGUCUCCUUCUGCAUUCAGGGCACGGUGCGCGUGAUCAACCUAGACUUCCACAAGUCGGUGCACAUCAGAUACACGUUGAACUCGUGGCGGAACUUCAGCGACCUGCAGGCGACCUACGUGCCUAACUCCUGUGACGGUUUCAGCGAUAAGUUCGCGUUCGUGCUCUAUUGUCACACUCUGGCGGUAGGUCAGCGGUUGGAGUUUGCCGUGAGGUUUCAGUGCAAGGGCGAGCAGUACUGGGACAACAACGCAGGGGUCAAUUACUGUUUCCAGUGUUUGCCAGCGUCGUCGCCGGUUGGUUACAUACCGAUCACGUCCUCUGACAGUCACCAACACGACUGGACGCCGAUGUUCUACUGAUGGACCCUGCUGUGGUUCGGUGUCUGCACGGAUAGCCGCGACAGGGGAGCCUGGGGAUGCUUUUCAAAGAUGGGAGUCUGGAAAGGGCCCAAGACAUAGGCAAGGGAGCCCACGGAUCUAAUAAACGUUCCUAAUCGUGUACCUACUGUACAGAACUGUCCUACGAGUCGAUGGAAAACAAGACGGAUCGGAGUGACCGGGAUCACGUACACACUCGCGUACACAUCGACGUCAAUUAUUUUUUCCUGCCAUUUUUCACGAUGGGGCACCUCGAGUGGACUUGAGAGAACUUGACGGGACCGUUAGACUGACAAAUUUUUACACGUUUAUCGUACCAUGUUUGCAUAAGGAAGUGUACUGUUCGUACGUUAAGAGAAUACGUCUGAGGGGGGCCUCUUCAGUUGCCCACGCUCGUUCCUAAUGCAUAGCUGAGUCGCUAGAAGACAGACCAGACUGGUGGGCUGCUCCUGAGCUCUAUAGUUUUUCGAUGCACAUCAGUUUCUGACAAUUAAAGCGGUUUUAUUUUCUCAGCGUGCGAACAGUACAUACUCGAGACAAACGCUUCAAAGAGUGAAUCGACAUGGAGAGUUCUACGCCUGCGACUUUCUUUCCGAGGGUUCAAGUUACCCGAGCGAGGAACGAGAGGAUUCGGAGAACUUGAAGAGAAGAGAUCCACACGCAUCUAGGAGAGCAGAGAUUAUUAUUUACACGUUCCUAGAAAGUACCUAAUUUUAUAAAGUCGAGCGUAACGAGAGAUUCGCCGAUGAGGGACAAGGAUCUUGAGGAUCGAUAGGAGUGCUGUAAUUAAGGAAAGUUGUGAGAUAAACUGUUGUGAAUGGUACUGUACUGCGGAGGUAAAGUUGGAAGCUCCUUUUUUGUCUAGUCGUGAUUGCUUGUUUCAUAGGAAACCAGAUAAACAGAACAAUUGAAAGUACAAGCAUUGAACAUUGAAGAACAUGUUGGAGUUGGAUCAUCUAUGGUAACUGGGAAUAUUAUCCUGAAGGGAUAAGUGCAAAAUAAGUACCUCUGUAGAGUACACUUGGGUUUAGCAAAACUCUCAGGAACUAUCAGCGUCUCCAGCGGAGGUCUCGCACGCAUCUGCCUUGCGCACGUGCAACACUUGGGUGACUUGCUCCUCCGCUGAUGCCGCUGGUACUCACAUGCGAAUCCAAAUGUACUCACACUAGUAGGUGGUCCAACUCCAGAACCAAAAAUUUUAACAUUCGUACUAUUAAUCGUUCUGUUCAUUUUGUUUCGAACACUGACAACGACUUCUCGACAAACUGUUAACGCCUGCAAAAAGAAAAUAUUUUUUUAUCCAUCGACGACGUAACGAACAAACUGAUCGAUCAGUUUGGUCUCACCUAUGAAAGUUUGUUUUCACCGAUAGUGUCUCUACGUUUUCACUUCGAUCGAUGAGAAAAAGGUGACAACAGUCAUCGAAACUUCUCAAAAGCUUUUUCUCUGUUCGAAACGAUAGUGGUCGACCUGUGCCAAUCCGAUCCAGUGCCAUCGUACGACGUGUCUAUUAUAUCAUAUAUUAAUGCUGGGAUGCCAGAACUGCGACGAAAUUUAUUUGCAGCUUUCAUAUCAUCGAUUCACAUUGUCCACUUUCUUUUAUUGGGCUCGAAUGAUUUUAACUUUCUACAUAUAUCAUUUUCUGCGUAACUUAUUGUUUUAUCCUUUGACGUCUUCGUUGUAGAGAUUUUAUUCCGGAUUCGAAUAUUUGUAUGUCGCAGUCAAUUUACAGAUAAGAAUUGCUUUUAUUUGUAAGUAUUUGAUCAGAUAAAAAAAGAAUGAGCCAUUUAAAAUUCAUCCCUCAAGAGGUUAAGAUCUUUGAGUUUUAGCUGGAAGGGGGUCAUACCGUGAAUGUCGCGUAUUCAUGGUAAAAAAUUUCGCGCACGUUUCUGGCCAGCCUUCUGCACGAAGAAUGAAUGACGAAUGAAUUGCUCGCGCGAUACUGUGCGAGUGGUAGUGAUAGCGUUGUCAGCGCGAUCCAGGCUGGCGAUCGAUCGAGGUCUAAAUUAAAUUGUCGACAAAUGGAAAAGAGUGAUUGAACUCGAACGGCGAGUCCUACAAUGUCAGUGAAAAUUGAAAGCAUACAAAGGGAAAGAAAGUCCACGCUUCAUGAAACCUUAGAAAAAUAAACGAAUUCGAUUGAAACGAGGAUUGGACACGGAAGAAUUGAUUCAAAAGGUGGAUAAUCUCUUAAAGUUUUUCUAGAGAAUCGCUGAUCCCGAUUACGUUGCCUCGUGAUAAGCAAUAGACUGUAAUAGCCACGAACCAGUACUAAUUCUAAUAACGCUCGGUGAAACAAUCGAAACACGAAAGUUAAACAGCCUCGAUAAUCGAUAUCACGAGAUAGCACUUCUAUGGAAAUAUCCUAAUAUUUUGUAAAAGUUUUCUUCACGAACGAUUGCUUUUAUCGUCGCCACUUAAUCUGAAACGGCUGCGAAAAUGAUUAAUUAAAAUCGGAAGUAACUUGGUGCAAUAAAAUGCAGUCUCUUGCGGCGUUCCUCCGUCGUUGCAGCGUUGGGCAAAAUGUAAUCCACGAUUAUGGUUACCGAGUAAUCAGUAGACUGUGAACUUUAUGCAUUUAUGGCGUGUGCUAGUAUGGAAAAUAAUUUAAAAACAUACGUAGACGAAUAGAUCACGAAUUAAUAUUGUAGUAUCGAUAUUUUAUUUUGCACAAGUACAUAUAUAUUCUCCAUAUGUGUGUUUGCAGCUGUUUUUCAUACAUGGUAAAUACGACAAAUGCAGCGUUCGAACGCCUUACUAGCUUCGAAAGGUUACGAAUUACUGAUUACGAAUGUAGUUUAGAGAUCGCACAGCAAUCACAAAGCAAUCACAAAGUAAUCACUGCCCAACUCUGCACUAUUGAAAUUUCUGCACUUCGACUGAAUAGAGAAUCGUUGGAAUUAAUUUGAGGCAGCCACCGUUAUCGAGGCCUAAUAUUCAUACUAUUCAAGUGUAUGUUAUUCAAAUCCAAUGGAAGCCUUCUCUGGUUACUCUGUGUGUGUGGAUAUAUAUUUACAUGUAAAACAAAGCGGAUUUCUAUUCUGAUUAGCAAACAUAUUCUUCCACACGUUGAAAAUGAGGUUAUCGAAAUUAUUUGGGACGAAUUAGUUUUGUUAAUCGUCGUCCACGAAACACUAUAACUGCUGGUCUCGAACGUAGAAAUAUUUGUUGUUUUUUUUCUAAGCUGUGUUUAAUUUAAUCUGUUUCAUAUUAUGUUUUGUUUUUAAAAAGAUUGCUUAUGAAUUUAACAUUUGUUAUUCGUUGUAUAUUGAGAUUUAUAUCUUUUCCAUUAAUCAAGUUGAUCAUUAAGCCUUCUAGUCUUGCGAAUCAGCGAAUGCUUAUUUAUAAGGUGAAAAUACGAGGAGCACAAGAAAAUGCGUACUCGUGAUAAAAAUUGGUAAUCGUCGAUCGUUUUCGUUCUCCGUUCGAGGGAAACGUUUCUACGUUCGAGACGAAUAAUCUAACGGAAAACCAUAACCGCAACGGUAGUAUAUUUUUAUAUGUAACGUACACGUAAGCAUAUACGUCGCACCUCUAGUCCGUAGAGCCGUGAGCUUUCGUCCAAUUGCCGAGCCUUUUGCAGUUUUUAAUGAAACAAUGAGGGAAAAAAAAUGGACAAACGAGCGUGAAAUCUACAAUGAAUAAGAAUUACGAGGGAAACAACGAGAGAAAGACUGUGCGCACGUGUGAGAGUGUGAUUGCGUGCGAGAGUAUGCGAGAAAACGACCAAAAGAGCGCGUGAAAGCGUUGAUAAAUGUGUCUGUUCAAUUAAAACGGUUUAUUUUUACUUCGUAACUUUUAAUUAAUUUUAAUCCGCGUUUACACUAUUCUUUUAAUUCUCAUAUGGAUUUUUAGCGAUGAAAUUUUAUGUUUUGCUUUAUUUCGGCUGUGAAACAAACGGAUGAACGAUCAGCGACGGACGGGCUCCGAGAAUCGAUCAGGAAUUGUUUUGCGAGUUAUUCACGUUAUAGUGCUGUUGUUUGCUUUCGUCUAUUUUGUUUCUAAUUUUGUCUUUUUAUUCGAAUGUAAGGUCGUUCUUGCUUUUCCAAGCACCAAGGAAAAGUAACAAGAAGAAAGCUCUUAUUCAGAGCUCCAAAGCGUGUAUCUAUGUUGAUAUAACAGUUAGAGAGUAACGAACCCAUUAAAUUUACCUGUUGUUGAGAGUUUGAGAAAUAUUUAGAAAGAAACGUACGCCAACGAGUCGCGUUAUGGAUUUUACAAACGUUACUUGUAUACCAUUGACAGAUUAUUACGUAGGCUGCCGUGUGAUUCGAUUUUUCAUCGCAAAGUACAUCGAUUCUGUGGGAUAUAAUUUUUCAAUUAAAGUUAUUGUUCUCGAGAAAAAUGCCCUCGAAGAUCGUUGAUCGCAACUGCGGUGUCCAUGCGUUAGUAACAACUUUCGAUGUAUGAUUUCUUCGAAAGGAUGCCUCGUACGAGAAGAAUGUGUUGCACGUUUUCGAUGUAUUUUUGACGAGGAAUCGCCUCAUGUUCGAUGUUGGUACGAAUCACGGCGCAUACCAUAUGUUGUUCCCUGACACGAAACGAUAAUACUCAACGGUGGACUGCAAACUUUGUGCACUCGUGGUAGAUACGAAAAACACGUGAUUCAUAAAUUAAUACAAUAAUAUUUAUACAGAUAUCUUUAAUUUAACGUUUCGACUCAUUGUUUUACACAUCAAUUUAAUUUAGUAAGAAUACUUUAGGAAUAUCUGAAUCGAUAUUUCAUUUUCUUAGCACGUGUUUUUCAUUUUUGCAAACGCGACAAAAGACGCGCAAAAUCUUCAGUUCACUCAUCAGAAACGUAUCGAGAUUUGCAGGUGAGAAUAUUCUAGAUUAUUUAGGGUAUUUUGUUCGUGCAACUGGCGAUAUGUUACACGUCAGUUGUUAAACGAAAGACUAUGAAACAAAAGUGCAAUGUUGAGUUUCAAUCGUGAAAAACUGAAUGUCGCACGGAGACCAUUACUGAUAUAAAAUAAUCACGGUGUUCGAUUCUUUAUUUUCUUGUUUUUUCUUCUUUUUUUUUUUAUUGGUCGAAGACCACGGUACCGACAAUUGCACCCACACCGAAACACCUUUCCUCUUUAAAUCCGUGCGAGAUUCUUCGCAUAAAUAUAAAGAAAAAGCAAGUGUUUGAAACAUUCUUCAUUAUCUACACACAUUCUUCGCACUGUGCAAAGUGAACAAUGUUUAAUCGAGAAUUGUACCCAUACGUACACGCUUAUUUAUAACACAUACGUUCGUCGUAAAAGGAGGAUACUAAUUCAUUCAUUUCGCGCGCCGUGGACUUCAACUUUGAAUUAAAUAAAAAAAAAAAAAAGAAAGAAGAAGAAACAGCUAUUCUACUGUCUACAUUUGUUUUACAAUACUCCACGAAACUGCGUAUGAAAUAUAUAUAUAUUUUUUUAUACAGUUUCUUUCAUCGUUGUUUUUAAUCUAUUUAAUCAUUUGUACGUCGCAGAAAUUUGAUCGAAGUCUCAUUGUUGUACGAAUCAUUGUUAACCGAACCAUUCAGGGGCCAAUUCGCAACUCCAUCUGUUUCACAAAUUUAAACUAUAAGAAACAAUUGUUAGACUUGUUAAGGAUCGAAAACGAUUACUUCAAGAGGCCUUUCUCUUCUUUUAAUUGUUGCACGGAAUAUCUUAAAUUGUUGUUAUCACGAAAACAUAUCUAUUUUUCUAUAAUCGAAAUGUUUAAAAUGUCGAAAAAUGUAGCAAUUCAAACCUGGAAAAUGUAAUAUGGAAAGGUGGCUUAUACACCUGCGCCAUUUUCAUCGCAAACAUCAAUUGUAAAAUAAUCUUUCCUAAACGACAUUGUUCAUACAUCAAAAUAACCCUUUACUGUUUAAAGCACCCACUCGAAAAUGUGGUAUAAACAAUCGCUGUACAAUUAACCAAGGAAAUGAUUUUAUACAGAAACCAUCUAAUAGCUGCAUCGACUAUCUAUUAUUUAACUCUGGAAAUUAAUUAAUUCAUGGCCCGAGUAACUAAGGAUUCUACAAACCAAAAAAGUAGCGUGGUAGAGGGUUAAUCGAAUUGACUUCUGAAUAGGUGUUCCUCCGCAAAAGAAAGCAAUGUCACUUCAGACUGAUACAACGAUCACUAUGAGCUAUACUUUUGCUAUAAAUGGAACGGCGAACAGGUUGUAGCCGCUCAAUGACGAACCACGCAGCGUUCGAUUAAUUGUUUCCUUUUACCUUUUACUUCUCAUAUUUUUCUUUUUGCCCGUUAAGUGUCAAUCGUUGGCGAGACUAUUUUUAAUCUCACUGUUUGUUGGGAUGUUUUUUUUUUUGUAGUUAGAUAAGGUUUCGCGUUUAUUGUUACACGAUCGCGUACGGCGUGGGUGAUAGCGUUUAAGACUUUAUGAGAGGCAACGUGUUUGCGCCAGCGUGGGAGCGAAUGAUGAUGGAGGAAUGAAGUAUCUAUACGUAUAAAUAGACGUAUAUAAUGUAUCUGUAACUCAUGUUCUAUAUGUUAUUAAGACAAUAAAUGGAAGACCGAU